AUGUCGUUGCGACAGAGAUUCAGAUCCCUGGCGGAUAAGCUGGCCGUCGAGGCCGAGCCCGGCCUCUCGACCACGCAGCUGAUGCUCGUCAACUAUGACCUGAAACCCGUUGAGAAAGAGCGUCGGCAGUGGGGGCCUUGGAAUUUCGUCGCCUUUUGGAUUGCAGACUCCUUCAACAUCAACACGUGGAUGAUAUCUUCCUCCAUGAUCAUCGCCGGUCUGUCAUGGUGGCAGGCGUGGAUAUGUGUCUGGCUAGGCUACUCUAUAUCCGCCUGCUUCAUUGUCAUGACGGGGCGAAUUGGAGCCACGUACCACAUUGGUUUUCCAGUCAUUGGCCGUGCAUCUUUUGGAAUCUGGGGGAGUCUAUGGCCGGUUUUCAAUCGCGCCGCCAUGGCAUGUAUUUGGUAUGGUGUUCAGUCUUAUAUUGGCGGUACCUGCGUCUACCUCAUGAUUCGCUCGAUUUGGAAAUCCUGGGACAGCUCCAAGAUGCCAGGAAACUUCGGCACCAGCGCCACCAAUACGCCGGAAUAUGUUUCUUUCGUCAUAUUCUGGCUGUGCUCCUUGCCAGCUUUAUGGUUCCCUGUGCACAAGGUUCGCCAUCUAUUCACCAUCAAAGCCUAUUUUGUGCCUGUCGCAGGUAUCUCGUUCCUCAUUUGGGCCUGUGUCCGGGCUGGCGGUGUCGGUCCCAUCAUCAGACAGCCCAGCACUCUUCAUGGGAGCAAGCUUGGAUGGCAGUUUGUUAAUGGCGUCAUGUCUUCCAUUGCCAACUUUGCCACUCUUGUCGUAAACGACAGCGAUUUCACUCGAUUUGCGCGUAAACCCAAGGAUGCUCUCUGGUCCCAACUCUUUACGAUUCCUCUGGGCUUUGCCAUUACCUCCUUUAUCGGCAUUAUCGUUUCCUCGUCAUCCACCAUCAUCUAUAACGAACCAAUCUGGAGCCCCCUGGAUCUCCUCGGAAAAUUCAUUGAUGAUGGUAGCUCUGGACAGAGAUUCGGCGUCUUUAUCAUCGCCUUGGCAUUUGCUCUGGCUCAGCUGGGUACUAACAUUGCCGCCAAUUCCGUCUCUGCCGGAACCGACAUGACUGCGCUGCUCCCGCGCUACAUCAACAUCCGCCGAGGAUCAUACAUUUGCGCCAUCAUUGGUUUGGCAAUGUGCCCGUACAAUCUGCUGAGCAGCUCCAACCAGUUCACGACCUACCUGUCUGCGUACAGCGUCUUCCUUAGCUCCAUUGCUGGCGUUAUAGUCUCGGAUUAUUACCUCGUGCGGAGAGGGUACUUGGAUACCAAGGAGUUAUACGAUGGCCGUAGAACUGGUCCUUACUUUUAUACCUGGGGAAUCCACUGGCGUGCUUAUGCUGCCUACAUUUCUGGAAUCUUGAUCAAUGUGGUUGGCUUCGCCGGAGCAGUGGGCACAAAAGUGCCCAUUGGCGCUACAUACAUUUACAACCUCAAUUUCUUUUGCGGAUUUCUGGUUUCGCUUGGUGUCUAUUGGCUGCUUUGCAAGGUGUCGCCUAUUCCUGCUACUAGCGACCGAUGGAUGGAGGUUGGUGACCAUCUCGACGAUGCUCAGCCCGAGUACGACACGGGCAGCCAGCAAAGUUAUGAUGAAGAGAGAGAUACGGCGGUCAAGGGGCAUGACAAGAAAGACGCCGUGCGAGUAAUGGAUUUUUAG